AUGUCGGACCGCCUCAACGACGACGUCCUCAAGCUCGUAUUCGACGAGCUCGCGCCGAUCGCUUUCGCAGGGUCCACGUACCGCCAGAUCAAGCGCGUGCUCCUGUGCCUGUGCCGCACCUCUCGCCGGUACUGCGCCAUCGCCCAACCGCUCCUGUGGCGGCACGUGCGGGUCUGGAGCCCGAAGCAGCUCGAGCAGCUGCGAGCGAGCAGUACUGCAUCGGGCCUCGGUCGCUGCACGGUCGCGUAUGACGUCGAGUCGCAGUACUCGCACAGCUUGAGCGACGCGCUCGACGUGUCCGACUUGCUGCCCAACAUCGUCGCGCUGCGAGUUCUCGCGGCACGAGGCUCGGUCGACGCUGCGCUCCUCGUCAAGCAUCAGGCGCUCGAGAACGUGGAGCUGCGCGGCGUCCAUUUGGACGGCCCGAGCGCUCCGCCGUCGCGCACCCUCAAGCACAUCCUCAUCGCCGACUCGAUGGUCUCGACGCCCUUCCUGCGCCGAUGGUUCACGCCCUCCCUUCUGCCGACACUGCGCACCGUCCACGUCGAGCGCGCCACCGACCUUUCGACUUCCCUCCCGGUUCAGCUCGACGAUAUACUCGCCCGGCCUCUUCUCGAUCAACUCGACUGCGUGUAUACCUCGUCGGAGCACGUCGACCCGCAGAGCGUCCUCGGCGGCAGCGUCGAGCCGCCCGUCCUGUUCGUGCGCCACGACCCGUCGGCGCCUUUUCCGCGCCACAGCAACCCGCGCAUUUUGCCCACCUGCGGCGUCGUCGAGGCGCUCAUUCGGGCGGACGCGACGGGCCAAGUACGCCUGAUCUGGUCGAGCGAGCGUCAGCCGGGCUCAAAGGGGCCUCUGACGCUCCAGUUCCACGAGUUCUGGCAGUACGCGCGCGAGCUCAAGGCGGCGAGGGCGGGCUCGACGGGUCGGUGA